AUGCCCAUCACGAGAGAGCCUAGCCAGCGUACCAAAGCCUGGGUCAGAUGGAAUUAUGGGCAGCAUUCAUCGAGCAAGACCAGCUUGGCCUCGACGGCCACUGAAAUCAUUCAUCUCGGCGGCUCUCGUGUAAGUGGCCCAGAGUCGCCGACCACAUCAAGUGGCCGGGAACAGGAGCGACCAUGCACAACAUGGUUCUCGCCAAUUGGGCCACCACCUCAGCCGCCGAUUGGGAUUGCGAGGUCCAGUACGACUCCCCACGAGAGGCUUUCUCACGAGAGGUUUUCUCAUGAAAGGCUUUCCCCUUCGCCUUCAUCCAAUUCUAGACACUCUAGAAUCGAGCCACGAGAUCUCAUAUCCCCGCCGCCUUCUGCCAGUUCCAGGACGGAACCCCGGGAUGUAGUAUCCCCUACACCUUCUACAAGGUCGUGGGAGUCUAUUUCCCCACAAAUGAGCCCUGAGCCGCUCAAGGUUCCAAGCGACAAGAUACCGUCGCCAUUGGCUUCGGCUACAUCGACAUCAUCAUUCUCCAAGAUUAUUUCGCCCCCACCAUACUCGUCGGCAUCGCCACCUCGAUCCGAUUCCGUACCAAGAUCAGUGAAGCAACUUCGGAGGACCCAAUCCGCCACAGAUCUUCAGCGCCGUGGCCGCACACAGUCAAAAGAACUCCCACCCAAGCCAUUGGGUGGUACCCCCAAUGAAUUUGUCAGACCGGAGAGAACGACAUCUCUGGCUACGCACGUUGGCCAGCUGAUCAAGGAGGACGCUCAUGAAAAGAGCAUACACGACAAGAAUGUGGAAAUGGCACUCAAUGAGCGAGAGACGCAAUGGUUUCCUCUCCCUCCUCUCAUUAGCCCGCCGCCGUCCAAGCCGUUGCCCACAGUAUCUGCAAUCAGUCCCACAAGUCCAGACGAUGGCAAUCCAAACAAAUCACCAGUAGUACCUGCAGAAAUUCAACAGCAGCCAGACCCAAAAGCCAAGGCACUGCCUGAGAAGCCAGUUUCCCGACUCUCCCCGCAAGAGAGGUUGUGGCUGCACAGGAAUUACCGUGGAGAAGCAACAUUCCUCAAGGCCUGGGGACUCAGCAUUGAAAAAAGAGAAGAUCGCGAGGAAGGAGUUGCCAUGAUGAGGGAACUCAUGGCGGCCGAAGACGAAAAGAAGCGGGCUAAAAAGGCCGAAAAGGCCCGGGAUCUCGGUCAUCCAGACGGCGGCCUGCAAAUCAUUGUGGAGGAGGAAAGGUCAACCCAUUCGGAGCCGGAAAAGCCCAGCCCCAGGAUGCUCGAUCCCCAGUCGGCCGCCAAGCCUCAAGGCCUCAGGGUGCCGACGCGAAAUUAUACCCAUCCGGCCAGUCCAACGGACCGUCACACCAGGAGCGAGAGCGAGAGUUCAGUUUUGGGAUCAUACCUGGACAUUAGAAUGAGUCGCAUGGACUAG